GAUCUGAAUGUCGCAGACAGGUUUAGGCAGCCCAGCAGCCUCAGACAUCCCGGCUGCCACCAGGACUCCGUCAGUUCCAUUUUUAAUACAACCAAUUAAUCCGUGGAAAUAUCCAGCCGUAGAAAAGGGCAGCCGGAAGGAAUUCAGUUAGCACAGCCUUCUGCGCAAAAGGGAUGUGAGAUUGGGGCAGACCGUGUGUUUCUUCGGAUCCCGUGGGUUUAUCCAGAAGGGAAAGGGACCCAUUUAAAUUUGGUUUGCCCAAUCAAGGGUCCCCAGAUGUGGCCAGAAGACAACAUCUAGGUUUAGGCCAACCCCCCAGCCAAAGGCAUGGUGGAUUCAGGUCAGCUGCGAUUUUGACCCCUUUCCCUUGUGAACAAAGGCAGGUUUGCUAAGCAGUCCGUAGACUGGAAUUCUGUGAACUGAAGCAAGAGGCUUACUCAGUGAGGUAAUGCCGAAUUAAACAUUGCUGUAAAUGCAGGCAUUUCCUUGUUAAGGUACCUGCUUUUGUCCUCCUUGCCAAGUGCCACUGAUCUGCCUCGCCCUCACCUGGGAGCAUGGAUGACACAUCGCAGCAGAGAUGUUAGUCAAGGAAUCCUGGGGAGUCCCCAAACCUUGCACCACACUUCUGGUACGGUUUGGGUGCUUAAGGCGUGCUCGCCUCCCAGAGCUCACGAUGGACCAAGCCUUCCCGGAAGCCUUUGGAGGCACCUGAGAGAGACUCAGCCUGGUAUUCCUGCAGCUGCCAAGCCGCACCUUCCCCAACUCUCUACCUGUUCCUGGACUACAAAACCCUUCAGUGCUGGCUGCUGAAGGGCCUAUGAAGCCGGCCUCUCUGCAGAGGGGGAGCCGCCUGAAGAAGCCCUUGAGGACUGGCACCCCUGCCACGCCAGGAAGAGGCACCUGCUGAGACUUCAGGCGGCAUCCCAAGGGAGAAGGACAGAAUCUUCAAGUUACCUAUUAGAGAGGGUGGCUGGAGGUUUAUCAUUAACCCGGAGGCUCUGCCAGGUGGUAUAAGAGGCAGGGUAGCAGAGCAGCUCACGGCUCUGCAGUGGGCAGCAUGGCAUCCUCGGUGACGGCGACAGCGAUGGCGACGGCCUCCACCACGGCGGGCCCCAAGAGCUCCAACGUCGUGGCCAUCAACAACCCUGCAGAUAUUGCGGUCAUUGUGAUCUACUUCUUGGUGGUCCUGGCAGUGGGCCUGUGGGCGAUGUACUCCACCAACCGUGGGACUGUGGGCGGAUUCUUCUUGGCUGGCCGAAGCAUGGUGUGGUGGCCGAUUGGCGCCUCUCUGUUUGCCAGUAACAUCGGUAGCGGCCAUUUUGUGGGACUGGCCGGGACGGGGGCAGCCUCGGGAAUCGCCAUCGGAGGAUUCGAGUGGAAUGCCCUGGUCAUGGUGGUGAUUCUCGGCUGGCUGUUUGUGCCCAUCUAUAUUAAGGCUGGCGUGGUGACCAUGCCGGAGUACCUGCGGAAGCGCUUCGGAGGCAAACGCAUUCAAAUCUACCUCUCCGUCCUUUCGCUGCUUCUCUACAUCUUUACCAAGAUCUCAGCGGAUAUUUUCUCCGGAGCCAUCUUUAUCAGGAUCUCCAUGGGACUGAAUAUCUACGUGGCUAUCAUCAUCCUACUUGCGAUCACAGCUCUCUAUACCAUCACAGGGGGACUCGCGGCUGUCAUCUACACGGACACGUUGCAAACGGCCAUCAUGCUCGUGGGCUCGGUCAUCCUGGCGGCAUUCGCAUUCAACAAAGUCGGAGGAUAUGACGCCUUUGUCGAGAAAUACAUGGCAGCCAUCCCGAAAGUGAUCACUGAUGAGAAAACGAAUAUUACGUAUGCCGAACAAUGCUUCACUCCCCGUGCGGAUUCCUUCCAGAUCUUCCGGGACCCCAUCACUGGCGACUUGCCCUGGCCGGGACUCAUCUUUGGUCUGAGCAUCCUGGCGUUGUGGUACUGGUGCACAGAUCAGGUGAUAGUCCAGCGAUGCCUGUCCGGAAAGAACAUGUCCCAUGUCAAGGCUGGCUGCAUCAUGUGUGGCUACAUGAAGCUCCUGCCCAUGUUCCUGAUGGUGAUGCCGGGAAUGAUCAGCCGCAUCUUGUACACUGAGGAGGUGGCCUGCAUCGUGCCCAGCGUCUGCAAGGAAGUCUGCGAUACGGAAGUCGGCUGCACAAACAUUGCUUAUCCCACGAUGGUGGUGAAGCUCAUGCCAAACGGCUUACGAGGCCUGAUGCUGUCGGUCAUGCUGGCCUCUCUGAUGAGCUCCCUCACGUCCAUCUUCAACAGCGCCAGCACCCUCUUCACCAUGGACAUCUACACCAAAAUACGAACGCAAGCGAAAGAAAAAGAACUCAUGUUCGUGGGCAGGUUCUUCAUCUUGGCUUUAAUCGCCGUCAGCAUCGCCUGGGUCCCCGUCGUGCAGUCGGCUCAGAGCGGGCAGCUCUUCGACUACAUCCAGUCCAUCACCAGCUAUCUCGGCCCACCGAUUGCCGCCGUCUUUUUCCUGGCCAUUUUCUGCAAGAGGGUGAACGAGCAAGGGGCCUUCUGGGGCCUGGUCAUCGGGCUGCUGAUUGGACUCUCCCGCAUGAUUGCCGAGUUCAGCUACGGGACGGGCACCUGUGCCACUCCCAGCAACUGCCCGGCCAUCAUCUGCAAAGUGCACUACCUGUACUUCGCCAUCAUCCUGUUUGCCAUCUCCCUCUUCAUCGUCCUGUGCGUCUCCUUCAUUACCAAGCCCAUCGACGAUGUACAUCUCUAUCGUCUCUGCUGGACCCUGCGCAACAGCAAAGAGAAGCGCAUUGAUCUGGACGCCGGGGACGAAGAAGAGGACGUCGAGGAGCCUGAGGAAGAGGAACCAGCCCCAGCUGAAGAGGUUGGCUGCUGCAAGAAGGCCUGCAACUGGUUCUGUGGCUUGGAUGAGCAGAAGGGCCCCAAGCUGAGCAAGGAGGAAGAGGAAACGCUGAAGCAGAAGCUGACGGACACCCACGAGGACCCCUUCUGGAAGCGCGUGGUCAACAUCAACGGCAUCAUCCUGCUGGCCGUGGCGGUCUUCUGUCAUGGGUUUUUUGCAUAGGGUCGCACCCACCUGUGCUCUGGGUUACUUGCUGAGACUGCACUUGUGAAAAGCAUAAUUUAUAAGUUAGGUCCUUAUCAGACCUCUAACUUAUUUGUGUCAAUUAAGUUGAUGAAUGCAGUUUAAUUAAACCAAUUAACCCCUCCCCCCACAAAAAAAUAAAAAGCCAGAAAAGAGACCUGAAGUGGAUGAAGGACCUGGGUCGAGAGGACAGGCAUCGUGAAGAAGAGUUCCUUCAGAAGGGGGCUGGACCCCACAUCUCUUGGGCAGAAAAUGCACACAAGAACAGGCGAGAGAAGAACCACAUCAGGAUCUUUUGAACUGCUUUUUGGGGGACUUCAUAAAAACAAACUGUGAUUUCUUUUUUUUUAAUGCAGCAUUCACGUGUUGCUUCAAAUGUGUGGUUCCCCAUUUCCCCAGAAAUGACUGGAUUUGUAAAGAAAAUUGGAAUGAGUGGCUGUCAACCAAAUGCAGGCUGACUUUUAUAAACCUAACUGGAUUCAUUCCUUUGGGGCAGAAUUUCUUAAUUAUUUCCCCCUCUUCCAUUCCUGCCUCAUUCUUAGCGUUCUGUCCCCGAUUGGACUUUUCCGCUUCCCGUUUGCUGCUUUCACUGGUGCCUUGUCUUAGAACAUGUACUGUAACUGUCUGAAUCAAAUGUCUGUUAUCAGCGCAAUUUGAAGCGGGCUUGAAAUUAGUUGGGGAAGGGUGGAUGAUGCCUUUCCUGGAUACCGCAGUCUGUGACUGACAUUGUUUAACAUUCUGUACAGUGAGGUUACUGUAUACUUGUACGAGAAUACAGGGCCUUUAUUUU